UGGCAGAAAUCUAUUUUGAAAAGUGUCUAACAGUCUAAGGACGAGGAUCGUUCGAACAACAUAGAAAAAAGUUUUGCACAAAGUUCUGGUUUAAGUGGACAGAAAAGUAUUUGGUUUUUUGUAGAAUGUAUGAUUCAAAGAAGCGGGAAAUUUACAUAGGACAAAUUUCAUAUACUUUAUUUCAAAUUUGUGGAAUUUGGAAACCACUCCAGUGUCAUUCACAAUGGAAGUUGAGAAUUUAUUAUUUCUACUCAAUUUUUACACUGACGUUGUAUUUUUUAUCAACUUUUUUGCUAUUUAUUUAUAUGUUUCAAAUUCAUGAGGAUGUUAAAAGUUUCACGCAGAGUGUAUUUUAUUUUUCUACUUAUUUCAAUGUUUUAAUGAAAUUAUCAAUGCUCGUUAUUAGGCGAGAAGUAUUUAUUAAAUCCAAUACAAUGCUUCUUUCUGAUAUGUGUCGUUCGCGUGAUAAUUAUGAGGCUGAUAUUAUUAACAAAUGUUCUGAGAUUGGAAGGAGAAGUACUAUUCGGUUCUUAAUUUUUGUACAUAUUACUCCGAUAACAAUGUUAUUGGUACCAUUAACGUCAGAUAAACGAAGGGCCCUACCGCACGAACUUUGGCUACCAUUUACUCUUGAAGUGAAAUUUGUUUAUAUUUUAAUAUAUUUAUAUCAAGCAAUGUGUCUGAUAAUGAUACUUUACAUUUCGGUUGGAAUGGAAAGUUUAGCUUUGACUGUAAUGCAGCAGAUUUGUGGUCAAUUGGAAAUAAUAAAGUAUCGGUUGAGUUUGCUUCCUAAAUUGGUGGAAAAUAACAAGUACAAACCUGUUAAAUACUCUCAUGAAGAGGGAAUCGUUAAGCAUUGUAUUAAAAGUCAUCUGUACAUUUAUUCAUUGGGAGAAAAUAUAAAUAAACAAUUUGGUCUGAUAAUAUUUACACAAUUUUUCGCAUCCAUGGUGAACAUGUGUGCUAUUAUUUACAAUAUGGCAAGUGUGAGUCCAACUAAUCGAAUGUUUUGGAUAAUGAUAGCAUCUGUUGGGAGUUACAUCCUACAAAUUUUUAUAUACUGUUUCUAUGGGGAUAAAAUGACGGAAAAGAGCUCAGAAAUUGGUUCUGCCAUCUAUACCUUGGACUGGGAGGCAUUAACAGUUAAUACACAAAAAAGUUUAAUUAUUAUUAUGAUACGAAGUACGAAACCCAUUAAACUGACUGCCUCAUCAAUCAUCAUCAUGUCCAUUGAAACAUUUAUGAAAGUCUGUACAAUUAUGAAUUUUUAUAUUUCCUUUUACUUUUUUUAUUUAAUACUUUGACGCAGUGAAUACAAUCAUUCGGAUAGUUCUAAAACAUCCACUAUUAGGAAAUAAUUAUAAACCAUUUAAAUUUCAGAUUAUGAAAUCAGCGUAUACUGCUUAUAAUGUAUUAAAAUAAUUCCAUAGAACGAACGUAGUAAAUAGAAAUAAAUUAUUAGUAAAAAAGAAAAGAAUUAUAAAUUAUUCUUCAUGUGACUAAG